AUGCAAUCAUUAAACGCACUAGAGCUGAACAACACGAGAAAAGCAGAAUUGGGUAUAGUUUUCUUUAAUCGAGUACCAAAAGUUGGUAGUCAAACAUUUAUGGAACUUUUACGUCGCCUUUCGGAGCGAAAUAAUUUUCAGUUUCAUCGAGAUGCAGUGCAAAAGGUGGAAACAAUACGCCUGGCCGAUGAUCAGCAGCAAGAGCUGGCUGAAGUGAUAAGUGAUUUACCCGAACCAUCUGUUUUCAUCAAGCACGUUUGCUACACAAAUUUUACAAAAUUCAAUUUGCCGAUGCCGAUUUAUGUGAAUGUCGUAAGAGAUCCUAUUGAACGUGUAAUUAGUUGGUUUUACUAUGUACGCGCUCCCUGGUAUUUUGUCGAACGUAAAGCUGCCUUUCCCGAUUUACCGCUACCACACCCAGCAUGGUUGAAAAAAGAUUUCGAGACUUGUGUGCUAUCCGGCGAUCAGGAAUGUACCUAUACGCAGGGUGUGACCGUGGAAGGUAUAGGUGAUCACCGGCGGCAGAGUCUAUUCUUCUGCGGUCAUGCAUAUGAAUGCACCCCCUUCAAUACGGUGGGAGCAUUGGAGCGCGCCAAGUUCGCUGUUGAGAGUCAAUAUGCUGUUGUUGGUGUUCUGGAGGAUAUGAAUACGACUUUAUCUGUAUUUGAGAAAUAUAUACCACGGUUCUUUGAAGGUGUUCGAGAUAUUUACCAAAGUAGCGCGGAGUAUUUAACAAAGAUCAAUAAAAACAACUUCAAACCGCCAGUGAGUGAGAAGGUGAAAAAUAUAGUGCGACAUAAUUUCACAAACGAAAUCGAAUUCUACCAGUUCUGCUUACAACGGUUGCACAAACAGUACCUGGCCACACAUAUUCCACAGAAGAUUUUGGCACCCUAAUAACCGUUUUCGCAUCGAUGGAUAGUUGUUAUUGCAUUGUUGUACACUAAUUGCUGUGCAUGGCUAAAUGUCAGAUUUCCAGUGAGAUUUCGCAGAGACACAAAGAGCAAAUCUUGAUCAGCUUAUUUGUAAAUAGCUGGAAUAAAUUAUAAUUAUUAUUAUUUUGUUUUAUUUAAUUAACCAGUAUUAUAGUGAUUUUAGUACGAAAUUGCAGAUAUAUUAAUUUUUGUUGAAAUAAAAACAUAUAUGUUUUAUUAGGCACACACACAUACUGUCAGUGCAUUUUUGACAAAAGAACUUUUCUAACUUUAGCAAGUUUUUCUUUAAGUACAUGAAAUUUGAUCCUUCAUAGAAACAUAAAAUAUUUUAUAGCGAAUUAAAGAUAAUGGUUCCUUAAACAAUACAUAGUUUGGCAUAAUCGGUGAGCUAAAAUUUAUUUAGAAAUAAUUUAUUUUACUGCUCUUGCGUAUAAAACUGCUAAGUCGAGAUAAGUUGUUUUGUCAAAACUCCACGUAUAAGGCAUUAGAGGCAAUAAGUUGGAGGAUCUAAAGCCACUACACACUCAUAAAAAGUACAACAUACAUACAUAUUAACAAAAGUAUGUAGUUUUAAAUUGCAAAGACACAUACACACAUAUGUACACAUAUAUUCAAGUAAAAUUAAAAACAAAAAUUGAUGCGAAAUUUCUAGUCAAUAUGUUAUAUACGUUUAUGUGUAUGUGUAUAGUAUACAUGUGCUGAAAACUCUCGGAUAUGGUUUAGUUUACUGAUUGAAACAUCUUCAUCAAAUUUUACUUUACUUGAGGGCUAAAGUUAUGAAAAGUGCACAGCUUUCAUUACUGUUGUGGCUAAACUUAAAUCACAUGCAUAUCUAGAUUUGUGCGGAUUCAAAAAUCAAUGUGUACAUAUAUUUGUGUAUGUGUGUAUGACAAUUAUCUCAGUAGGAGCAAGAAUAAUAAUCACUCACAGUUUAUAUUAUUUCGAUUGAGGCUAAUACAUAUGCAUAUAUAUCUAUGUGUGUAUGUAUUUCUGUACGAGGGUGAAGUUUAAUUAUGUUAACAUAACUAUAACGUAUAUGUAUGUAAUAUGUCCUUUUUUCAAAAAUAACUUUAAUUAUUUGAAAAUACACGUAAACAAAAAAUUUAAAGGGAGAAUAAUAUAUAAGAGUAAUUAAAAAUUUUUUUUAAACAUUUUACUUUCAGUUACGCAAAUAAAAAUUGGUUUAAUAUGAGUACGCACAAAAUAUUCUAAAUUAUUAUUAAAAUCAUUAAAACCACUUAUAUACUCAACAAGACUUAGUCUUCAUAUUAUUUACAUUUAUUUAUAUAAUUAUUUCCAGCUAAUAAGCGAUCAAUACUCUUAUUCAUUAAAUGUUGAGCGGUAUCGGUUGACAUGGCACAUUUAAAAAAUUUUGUAAUGUAAUUCCUGCUUCUUUAUGUUACUUAAUAAUCAAUUAAUUAAAUGCUGUUAUAUUAUUGUAUUAAAAAGCAACAUAUUUUAUUUACGUAAAUGGUAUGGUAUGUGUUUUUUCAGAAACUUCAUCAUUAGCAUUCGUUAUUUGGCUAUUUACUUAGCUAAUGUUGAGAGCAGGCUGCGGGUAUAAACGAGUUUUCGUACUCAUUUUAUACAAUAUCAACUUUAACAGACCACAAUCUCAGGACUCUCCUUGCAAAGUGUUAGCUUAUUGAUGCACAUACUUGUAUGUAUGAAUAAUAUACGAAAUAAAGA